CACUACCAAGCCGAUUAGCAAGAGAGAGAGCAGAAGCCAAAAAUCUUAUAAAUUUGAUGAACUGACUGAGCCAUAAACCGGGAGUCCUUCAUCCAGAGCUGUGUUUCAAAGAGAGUCAUCAAGGCCAGGGUGUAUGACAGUAAUGGAAAAAAACGAAAAACAAGAGAUUGAGAUGUCCGUGCCUAGUGCUGAACCGCAGUUGGAAACUGAGAAGAAAAAGAGACCACUUGGCUUGAGCUACCUCAUCGACGAAAACCCGCCAUGGUACAUGUGCUCUUUGCUGGGAUUUCAGCAUUUCCUGACCAUGCUGGGAUCGACUUUGGCCAUUCCUUUCAUCAUUAGUGGCCCAAUGUGUUUUGCAGAUAACCCACUUGCCAUUAGCGAAGUAUUGAGUACCAUUUAUUUCGUUUCUGGUUUUGUAACCUUGCUGCAAACCACUAUCGGAGUGAGACUACCGAUCGUUCAAGGUGGAACAUUUGCCUUUAUCACCCCGACGUUCGCCAUCUUGUCUUUGCCGAAAUGGGCCUGCCCCACAACUGAAGGAAGCGGUAAUUCGACUGUCGACAGUGAGCUUUGGAAGCCCCGCAUGAGAGAGAUCCAAGGUGCAAUAAUGGUCUCAUCAUUAUUUCAAAUCUUUAUCGGCUUCACUGGCCUCGUUGGUUUUCUGCUUCGAUUCAUUGGACCGCUGACCAUAGCACCUACGGUUACGUUGGUGGGCGUGGCACUGUUUAGAGUAGCAGCAGACAACGCGGGGAAUCAUUGGGGAAUCUCCAUGACGACUAUUGUGUUCAUAGCUGUGUUUUCACAAUACCUCACAAAUGUUAAGGUUCCAGUUCCCGCUUACAGGGGUGGUCUGAGGAUUGGCCAUUUCCCUUUGUUCCGCUUAUUUCCAAUUAUUCUGGCGAUUGCAGUAUCUUGGGCUCUAUGCGCUAUCAUCACCGUGGCCGGAGGGUUCCCUUCUGAUCCUAUGAAUCCUCAGUACAAGGCAAGAACGGAUGCAAGAAUUGCUGUGUUAAAGGAAGCAGAGUGGCUCAGAUUUCCUUACCCAGGUCAGUGGGGAAUGCCUACUGUCAGUCUCGCAGGGGUUUUUGGGAUACUUGCUGGAGUUUUGGCCUCCAUUAUUGAGUCCGUGGGUGAUUACUAUGCAUGUGCGAGAUUGGCAGGAGCACCACCACCGCCAGAACACGCCAUCAACCGUGGAAUCGGAAUAGAAGGACUUGGAUGUCUUUUGGCUGGAGCUUUUGGUACCGGGAAUGGAACAACAUCAUACAGUGAAAACAUCGGGGCUAUAGGAAUCACUAAGGUUGGAAGUCGCCGAGUGAUUCAGUAUGGUGCGAUAAUUGUCAUGAUCAUUGGCGUUGUUGGUAAAGUUGGAGCUUUGUUCGUCAGCAUCCCAGACCCCAUCGUUGGUGGAGUUUUUAUGGUCAUGUUUGGAAUGAUCGCUGCCGUUGGAAUCUCCAAUCUGCAGUUUGCUGACAUGAAUUCCUCCAGGAACCUGUUCAUCGUCGGAUUUUCCAUCGUAUUUGGUUUAGCUCUGCCUCACUAUAUGGAAAACCAUCCCAACGCUAUCGACACAGGUGUUACCGAAAUUGACCAGAUCCUGACAGUCCUGAUGAAAACAAGCAUGGCAGUAGGAUGUAUUGCUGCUUUGAUUUUAGACAACACCAUCCCUGGAACUUUAGAGGAACGCGGGCUUAAGUCUUGGAGGUGUGAUCUUUCAGCUGAAAACGAUGGAAACUCUCAAACAGCCUCAAUAAGAGUCUAUGAUCUGCCGUUUUGUCUAAAACGUCUUGGUGACUGCAAAGCGGCAAAAUAUAUACCUUUUUUACCGUACAACCACAGUGAACCAAACAACGUAUAUGAUAUGGAGGUAGAAUAUUCUACUUCAAAUCUUUAGAGGGAAGAGUGUAGUUAAAGUAUGGCUUAGUAUGUCAUGAAGUAACCGUUAGGUAUGCUCUAAUGCUUUAAAUUAUAGAAGUGUCACUUCUGUACUUUUUGAUACAUAUAAUACUGCACCAAACAUUAAGAAAAGAUUCCGAAGAAAUAACAAUUCAGCCUCUAUAAUCAGGUUUUACUAUAGAAUCAAAUUCAUGACUGCUAGGUAAAAGCUAGUUCAAGUGAAAAUAAGUUUUACUUUUAGCUUGAUUUUAGCAGGUUGCUUUACGAGAUCGACUCUCAUGUACAUACCAGCACCUACUGACGUCACUUUCCAGUGAAAAUAAAGCUUUAUACGUUAAAAAUUCAA